AUGAGUUCUACCUCCAGCAAACGCAGCCGUAGCGAGGAGCCUCAUGAAAAAUAUAAAAAGGCACGAUACACCUACCAGCAAAAUGCCAAUGGUUCAAAACACCACAAGAGGAACAGCAGAAAUAAUGCUGCUGGUUCUUCAGGGCCCUCAGUCAAUGAUCUCAAGAGCAAAAUACGAGCCACCAAGAGACUAUUAGAGCAUUCGAAGACCUUACCUGCGGACGUGAGGAUUGAGAAAGAGAGGGCCUUAAAAGGAUACCAGAGAGAUCUAGAGAAAGUGGAGGAGAACAGAGCUCGAAAUGCCAUGAUAUCGAAAUACCAUUUCGUCCGGUUUCUAGAGCGAAAAACAGCCACCCAGAACUUGAAGAAAUUACGGCGCAUGAAAGAGAAGUUGGAAAACGAAGAGGAAAACGGCGCUAACGAGAAGAAUCCCACAACCAAAUCCAGAGCUGAUCGAUUGGCAGAACUUGAGAAACAAAUAUAUUCUACUGAAGUAGAUAUAAACUACGCCAAGUACAGCCCGCUAACGGAGAAGUACAUAUCGUUAUUUCCCAGCGACAAAUCUAAGGAUAAAGAAGGGCGGAAGAAGAAUAGAAAGGAUGGUGAUGAUGGCGAGGAACAACAGGGAGAGAUUGAAGAUGGAGAAGAGGAAAACCAGGAGAAAUCCGCACUCGGACAGAAAUUGGCCCCAAUUCGAUAUGCGUCGAGCGAGAGGCCGCCGCUCUGGUACGCUGUGGAGCAAAGCAUGAAAGAUGGAACGCUGGAAUUACUACGGGAAGGUAAAUUGGGGAUUACAGUUACGGGGGAGAGGAAGGGAGUCAAUGCUGGAAUUAAGGAGGGUGAUAUGGCCUCUGGUCGGAGCAAGGCAAAGGGAAGCUAUUCGACCAUGUCAACCAAGGAAAUCCAGGGCGGAGUGUCGUUGCGUGGGAAUAAUCAGCGUAUGAACGAAGCAAGGAACGAUGAAGAUGAUGAAAGUGAUGGUGGAUUCUUCGAGAAAUGA